GGUGAUGAUGUUAAAUAUAAGAACCGAAGAGUCUAGCGAAUUUGGCUCGGCUGUCAGUCCCUCAGACGUUCUAAAGAAAGCUGCUCGAAGAUAUGUGGUCUCUCAGUCUUAACUUCAUCUCCAUGAUAUCUUGUACAGGUUCAAGGAGCCACUUGUUCACAAAUCUCCAUGAUAUCCGGGUCGAAUCUGACAACCACCUAAUGUAUAUUCAAGCUACGAGCAUCAAGGUAACUACUUUCGGGGUGUGCAGGUUUCUGAAGAACUUGGAAGAUACACCAAUCCAGGUGGAGAACACUUUCGUUAACUCUUUUGGUUGUUAUUCUUGAGUGCAUGAAGUGGAGGUCACUAAAAUUGGUAAAAUUGGCGACAUCUGAUUCUACAUCUUAAAUGCAGUACCAUUAUGACAGUACCAUAAAUUUGAGUGACCUUCCAUACUAGUAUGACAGGGUCUGAAAGAACUUGUAUGACAGCCCUCCUGCAAGAAACUUCUAUUCUCAAAACAAGAAAUACCAACGAACUAUUUGGGUGCCCAGUAGAAAAUAAGAUUUGGGUGUGAUGCAUUCUGCUACCAUCCUCCAAAGUUUCACAUGAAUGUUGACACUGCACAUACCAUAUACUAUAUAGAACAGACUGACGAAUAUGAGCAUCAGAUAUAAACCGUGCUGCUAUGUGCCUUGGCUAAAGAUUACUCAAGAAUAUAUACUACGACUCGAGAUGUCUCGAAGUAGGACAGUUCCCCCGAGGAGAAUGUAAUCGAACCUGAGGUACUUAUGGCAAUAGCGCAGAUCUUAAUUUCAGAUACAACGUGAGUCGUGUGAAGUGAGUUUUAUCGAAAGAACAAUCGCACUCAACAAUCACACCGGAAGAAGAGAGGUCUAUUGAAUUAGGUCUUCAAAUAUCUAAUAGAUAUCAGGAAAUAAGAAGGGAUUGGAAAAGAAACACUGGAACGACUGCAUAUAACCGAAAGAAAGAUUUCAGAUCUGAUUUCAUCGGCUGCCAUUUUUACCGAUCUACAGGCCACAUACCAUGGUCUGAGAAAUUAUCAAACCUUGACGUUGUUUAGCUGGACUUGGUCAGAGUCUUUUCAUAGGCCACAUUCAGUUAAAACGUCAAGUCUCACUAUCUCUGUCUGGGUCCAUCGAGGAGGGUAGGCUGUGACGAACAUACUUCAAAUGCAAUACAUGCCUCCCCAGAGAAUUACGUGCCUACAGCUAGAACAAAUUCAGGUCAAAAACUCAUAACUGCGUAUAACAGUGCUCUCUUAGUGUGAGCAAAAAGCAUGGUAGGUUUCAGCACCUUCCAUAAGGGGUAACAGCAACUCAGAUGACAACUCGUUACACGGUAACCUGUCGUGUAUCAUGGACCACUCUGCGGAAGAUUUGAAGAUGUCAGUAGAAACUGAUGAAUUGAUCGCAAAUGUUCAGCAGAUUUCAGUAAAGCGAUGUGGACAGGAAGAGAAGAGAAAAAAAAGACUGGCGAAACAUCAGAUAUACACUCCUGCGAUGUGAUACAGCCGUCCAGACACCACGCUUCGCAGAGAACGCCACUCAUACGCGGCAGAGGCGAGUGAAGAAGAAAGAAGAAGCCUUCCAGGAAACAUCAUGAUCGGGCAUGUUAGAAAACUGUUCACUACGGACCAGGCGGUCAUCUAAGGGAGUGUAACAGUUCACGUUCCAGCACAACAAGCCCAUACUAACUGCAACACUCCAUUUAUUCUCUUUUAGGAGCUGUGAGUACAAAAUACUCUCGAUGAAUCCAGGCAUGUACAGCAAGAGUAUGUAGCAGUAGUCAUCACCAGGAUGAAGCUCCAAGCUCAACUUUUGUUCACAUCUGUGCUCCAGAUGGUCCGUCGCACAUACGACGUGUAGUGUAAUAUUUACCGAAUUGGGAAACCGAGCAAACGGGGAGCAUAAGUCGGUUCCUCACAAGCAAACCUUUCAUGCGUAGUCAAGUUUACGGUGAAGCAGAAGUAGUAUGCGAAAGAUCGAUGUAGAUAUUCUAAAGAGUCGGGAGAGCUGAAGCGAUAGGUAGUUCAGAGAGCUGCAAACAAGGACAUCGAAGAAACUGCAGACUGAAGUCCCUGAAAGAAGCAUGCAUGUGCUGAAAACCGUAUACCUUCUGGGAUCGGUAAUCACGAAGCUACGUGAAUGCGUGCAUACAAAUGAAGUGUCAGAUGAAUCAGUCGAAAAAGGGCACAGCUCGAGGAAUUAAUGAAUGCCCUUUAUUCCUCCUCCGACUCAGCGUCCCGGAUCAGUGAUGGAUAUCAGAGCCACGCGGUUCAUCUAAAUCAGAUGCCAAGGUCGUUGAUCCCGAAAGGAUUAGCUCUCCCGAGACCAAGUCUGCCAUCAACCUGCUUGAAAUUCACAUUAAAAAAAGCAGGCUGAUUGCUGACUUAGAAACCUGCUCUCGACAAACUCCCACGGUUGCCACCGUCCAGACCUUCCUUUGAUGGCAGCCAAUGCUGGACUCAACUUCAUGGAGAUUCCGGAAGGAGGUCUUGACUUAGAGACUUCAAGUGGCCUGGCGUUGCGUUGUACCACACUUUCGCUGACUGCGAGCAACGACCAGAUGUUUGGAUCAGUAGUUGAUCAGUGAUCAGAGUCCUUUCAGUACCAGC